AUGGCGGCGGCCGCCUCCUCGUCGCCCGCCGCCUCCUCCGACGCCGCCGAGUGCUCGCUGCUCGGAGGGCCCUUCGCCAUCUGCGUACAGAUAGGCCUCGCCGCCGCAGCGAUUGCCACCCUCGUCGUGAAGCGACACACAGAGCGGCCGCGACGGCCGUGGCUGGCCUUUGCGGGCUUCUUGCAGCACUGCGUAAACCUCGUCUUUGGCGUCGCCUUUGCGGCGUCGGGCGCCGCCUCAGAGUGCGCGUGGUACCUCACCAACUUUGUCAUCUCGGUCGUGUGUGGCGUGCUGCUGCUCAACCUCGCCAUGGCGGGCUACAACCGGUGCGUCGACCGGUUUGGCCUGCACCUCCUGCGAUCUGGAGAGUACGGCAAGCCGCCGAGCUGGAGGCCGUGGCUGAUGCAGAUGCUCGUGUGGGGCUUCUUGGCGUCGGCCGAGAAGGUCGCGACACGCGCUGAUUGGAUGCCGUCGCGCAGCUAA